UCUGUCUAAAAAAAAAAUGCUGGAUGUGGUGAUGUGCACCUGUCCCAGCUACAGGAGGCUGAAGCAGGAGGAUCACUUGAGUCUCGCUUCAGUGAGGAAUGAUUACACUACUGUACUCUAGCCUGGGUGACAGAGCAAGAUCCUAUCUCAACAAAACCAAAAACAAAAAAAAAAAAUGAAAGCAUGAAGUAUCUCAUCUGAUUAACCAUUUUCUGCCUUGGUCAGGUCAAAGCAGAUUCCCCUCCCCCACUUAGGCAAGGUUUAUUUCAAGGCCUGUAAACAUUCAGACUAAUCCGAAUGGUCAAAGUGGAUUUUGUUGUUGUGGAAGCAGCAUUGUUUCAUAGACUAAAUCUGAAAAAUUACAAGCCAAGAAACUCUGGUCCUGAGUAUAUGUGUGUUUUGACUACUUAUAUAAUAUAGUGUUACAAACUACUUAGAUAUAAGUGUUUCAGCAAGUAACCUGUUGCUACCAUUCAAUGCAGGAAAUGAAACAUUACCAACACAGUGGAAGCUCUCUUUCUAGAUAUCCCCACACCUCCAUCCUCUCAGGGUGAAUCGUUUGAUGUAAAAGGCUUGACUACAUAAUCUACAUCUGCCCUAAUGCUGUCAUCUGGAGUAGAGACUCAGCCAGUUCCACUUGAUUCCUCCAUGUCUGCCGUGGUACAGGAAUUAUACUCUGAACUCCCAGUAAGCGUCUCCAAAGAGCUUCAUGCUGACCCUGAGCCAAGUGUGAUUCCAGAUGUAAAACCUGGAGCCUCAAGCUCUCUUUUAAGUCAGAGUAGGGCAUUGCCCUUGGAGCUGCAGAGGACUCAUGCGGAGAGUUGUUGUGAAGAAAACUAUGAGACCUUGGAUCAUGGGAGUGAGCCUGGGCGAUAUGGGCUAGUGGACUCCACAGCAGGAGGUUCUGUGGCUUCUGGGAUCUUGGAUAGGGCAAACAGAAGCAAGAGCAUGGAGCCAAAGGUCUUCAGAGAUCAAGGGGGGCAGGCUGAAAUUAUAAAAGAACCCUCUGAGGGAACAAAGGAAGAUCCACAUCAACAUUCCACAGCUGCUGAAGAAAAGAUUAGCCCAAGUCAGGAGGAUAUCCUGAUGCAGUCCAGCAAAGAACUUUUACACGUGGACCUUCCUGAAGAUUUUCUAAGGAGCAAAGAAGGAAAUGUACAGAUUACCACUGAAACUCUGCUAAAAUCUACCGAAGUACAAGGUAUGAAGACAAGUGGGACUAAGAUGGAUAAUAAUGAAGGACACAAAAAUGGUAAUGUGAUCUGUCAGCUGGAUGAUCUCUCAGCUGGAUGCAGUGAAUUCCCAGAGGUAGACAAAAUCAUGACCAGUGAUGAGGUUUCAGAAACCAGGACAUUAGUUACCCUAGAACCUUUAACCUUUGUGGACCCUGGAUUAACAGAAGCAACUCCUAAAGAAGAAGAAUGUGAAGAAUUAAAAAGUUGUCCUUGGUUGUCAUUACCAGGAAACAGUGCCAUUUCUGAUGGGGACAAUAGGAAGGAAGAGUUGUGUAAACUAAACCUUGUCUGUGAGGCAGAUGACAAUCACCAACAAAUUCAUGGCCACCGUAAUGAACAACCCAGUUCUGCAUGUGAUAAUCCCACAGCCACAAGCCCCUUGAAAGAAAACUGUGAAGUUUCAUGUUUCACAUCAGACUUGUCUGGUUCAGAAUCCAGAACAGUAUCCUUAGAAAACUGUGGUUUUGAAGGUGAUGGUUUGCUAAAGAGAUCUGCUGAAAAGACAGACUAUUCUUAUUUUUAUGGGGGAGAUGAUCAAAGGGAGAACUUGCCUUCUAGAGAAAAAAAUAAAGAACAGCUUUUGAUUCCCAGGAGUGAAAGAGAUGGACCUUUUCUUAUUAAUGCCAGGCAACCAGAAAAGGAGAUUAGUGGUCGAUCUGGUGAAAAAGAGCCUAUUGUUUCCUCAAAAGAAAAUAUCCACAAUAACUGUUGCAUUCGAGACAGUCUCCAUACAGGGAGCUCUAGUUCUUUAAUGCCCAAUUCUUUUACUGAAGCCACAGAAGUAAUGUUAAAUAAGAAUGAUUUGAAAAUUACUUUACAUGUUCAAGGUAACUUAACGUACCCUGAGGACCAUAAAGAAAGCAGUUUUUCCUCCUUGAAGCACAUUGAAGAGCCAGAACAGACAACCCCUAUAGAGCUCAAUUUAUUAAGUAAAUCUUUUUACACUAAAAACUGUAACUCCUUAGUCACCAUCGAGAGAAAUCUGGAAAGCAACACCCAGUUAAAUGAAGCAUCAUGUAAUGAUUUUCUGUUUGAAAGAAAAUCCAUUGUGAGUUUAAUGCCAGAGGAUCAGAUAAGUCCUGUAAGUGAGAUAUUAAAACCCAAGAAAGGUACUGCUCUCUUACCACCAUCCCCAGAAUUUGAUUACAGACCUGAGUCAGAAAAAGUUAUACAGACUUCACAUGAUGAUAUUCCACUUUUAGAUGAACAGAGCAUAGCCUGUGAGAUGAAUGAACUUUCUUGUACCAAUGAACUGGUUGUAAACAAAGUGGAAAGUGAAUGUGUUUUAAAUCAACAAGUGUCCCUUAAUUCUCAAGACCAUGCAAAGUUGCCAACUGACUCUGUAAUGCAUUUAAACAAAGAGAUGCCUUUAAAAACAGGCAAAGAUGCCCAACAGAGCCAUCAUCCUCCAUUAGAGGGUGGAGCAGAUGUCACUGCUGAUAUACAAACCGUUCCCGUUCAGACAAAAAUGAAAGACAUCUCUUCACCAGGUAAUAAAACCUGUGGUGCCUCCUCAAACAGUCCCACCUUAAACAUCAAACCAGUAAGCCUAGAGAGAAAAAAAGAAAUGGCUGAUUCAGGAACAAAAGCUCUACAUUCCAGGCUUCUUUCAAAUAAGAGAGAAAUAGCUGGCUUUCCUCAAGUGGUCUCUGUCAUAGAAUGUCACAGUGUUCAAUCUCAGGAUAUCUCUAGCUGUCAUUGUAUAAGAAAACAUGUAUCUGAAGAAAACAUGUGUUCUGCUUGUGCGGCUUUCAAGUCCAGCAAAAUCAACCUGCAAGUUGAUAACUCUUUGAUAACAAAAUAUAAAAAUGCAUUUCAGCACAGUCAUCACCAUUGCCAAGGAGCAGGAGACUCUGUGGAAAAAAGCAGCUGUAAAGUGAGUUAUACAUCAGAGGAAAGGGAACCUGAUGGGAAAGAAACUAGUGGCAGCCUUCCAGGAGAUAAGAUCAGAAACAAACUGACAGCAGACUUGUUAAAUAGUGGAAUUUCAAACAAAACCAUUCACACCUUGAGUAAUAUCAAACCUAGUGAGGAAGGGCUGGAAAGAAAGGAGCAGGAUAUAUCCAAAGAAACUCUAUUUCGUAAGUAUAACAUCUCUGAUCAUGCUAUACAAGAACUAAACCAGACUGUACACAUUCCAAGUCCAGAAAAAAUAUUGGACCAGUCUCCUCCUGUUAUGUUCUCCAGUUUUAAAAACGUAAAAGCAGUUGAAACGCUCAAUCAGGUCGAUCAUAAGGCAGAUGAAGUCCUUGACUCUCAGAGUAACCAAAACAGACCAGAUGAAUGCAGAAGUGAAGGUCAGUCAGCUAAGGAGACACUAGGUAGUGACCAGAGAGAGACUGUCACCAAGCUUCAGGGAGAGGUAAGCCACAACCAAAAAGAUCUGCUGGUCAGCUCAUGCAGUAAUAACUCACUACCUUGUGGUCGUCCAAAAAAAGGCAACUUGAAAGGAGACUUUGUCAAGAUUUCUGGUUGUGAUGAGUCCACAGAAGGUAUGAUAAAUAUCGUCUACACAGACUGUAGUAAUAAGCCUACAGAAGGUAUGCUAGACGUUAAAGCAUCUAAUCCACUGGAUUGUGUAAGGCAAGAGAGACUGGCAUUCCAAGACGACUCAAGGAGUACCUUGUAUCAAAGAGAACUGGAUGCUGCCCAUAUAGGAACAUUUGGCAAGGACUCCGAUUUCUCAGAUGCUGCUGCUUCUAUAGUGGGCUUUCUUGAACUGAAAAAAUCAUAUGAAGAAAACCUAUGCAGAUCUUUAAAAGACUGCGAAAUGGAAAAGUGUCCAGACUCUUGUGCCCAUGAGAUGGAGUCUGUUGCAGAUCAUGAACCAAAUAUAAGAAUAUUGGACAGAGUAAAUGUGUCUUUAAAUCAUAUCCAUUAUGGACAGCAAGAUAAAGAAACAUCUCUGAGAGAAACACAGGAAAUGACUGAAGGAUCAAUACUAGAAAUAAGCUCUGAGUUUGGCAAAGAAAGUACCUUUGGAAUUUCCUCAAAAGAGUUAAUGUCUUGCCAUGAUGAGAGCUCUGGUUCCCUAGGAAUCCUGAAAUCCAUUGAAAUAAUGCCUUCUCAAGAAAAUUUAGAAACUAAUAAUAACAGUGAAGAAACUGACCUGAAAAAUCUUUUUAAACCAAAAGAUGGUGAAAUGCUUUGUGAAAAUGCAAAGGACUGCCCAGUCCUUCCUGAGAUGAAGGAAGGAGUAUCAAGAGAUAGGAGUAAUUCUAGUGAUGGAGACAGCAUAUGUACCUGUGUGGAAAAGAAUGCUUGCAAAGCUUAUCGCUCUCACGGGAAUUCCUCUGACAGAUACUUGCCUUUGACAGUGAAUACAGGAACUAAAGUGAAAGGAGAAGAAACUCAAGAGCAUCAAAGGGGACCACCUGUUGACUUAACUGUUGGGGACCAAUCUGAGGAGACGGUUACCAGACAAGCUGGUGGUGGCGAUCAUGUGUACAACAUCUCUCAGACCCACAUUAACUGCCAGAAGAUGCUUAGUCACGGUGAAAAACAGCAGAGCCCUGAGGUUUUGGACUACAAGUUGCAGAAAGAAGAGGAAUAUAUACAUCAAAAGGAAGCACAUAUGAUAUCGGAACAAUGCAUAUUAUCUAGUCUGUUGUUAGAUGAUGCACAAAAUAAGAACCAACCUAAGGUUGACAAAGAUGAGUCCACCAUAGUGAAUGAAAUCACCCUAGCACAGCUGGCCAAGAGCAGCAUUGUGGCACGGACUCAGAAGUUAGAAGACCAGGAGGAGGAAAGCUUACAUCAUCCAUUUAAGAAGGACAUUGAGUCAUGCACAAGUUCUUGCCUUCUUGGUGCCCCUCAGAAAGCACAAGACCCCUCCUCUGCUGGAUGUGAUCAAAUACGUGGUGCCUUUGCAAAGAAAGAAAUGCUUCCUUUAAAGAAGCAGCCCCAUCGAACUUGUAAGAAAGUUUCCAGUCAGGAGCAAAACAGUGUGGGGAGAAAAAUAGGUAAAAUCAGAAGUUCUGCCUUUUUAAAGAGUUCCUCCGAUCCCAUCCCAAUAAAAGCACACAGACUUCUCAGUUUGUGUACUGUGUCUGCACCUACACGAUUAGAACCUGAAACAGCACCUACCAAGUGCUUGAUUAGCCACAUACCAAAGCAGACGACUACACCAUGCCAUCCCUUGAGGAGCCCGAAUUUUAGGAAGCCUACCAAAGAAUCAGCCUUACUAGACAAGCUGUCCAUCCUUGCCUCCAAACUGGCCCCAGCCAUGAAGACUCAGAAGCUAAGAUACCAACGGUAUUCCUCUGAACUUCCAAUGGCUAAAAGCUAUAAGCGCCUCAGAUACAAAAGGCUCCUGGAUGGAUUUUCAUACAACACAGCACAGCUGAAUCCAUAUUUGGCAGCUAGUGGAUGGGAUAAGAGGCCUGACAGUAAUCCCAUGGCACUUUAUUCUCUCGAAUCCAUCAAGAUGAGCUUCAUAGAUUUGAGCAAGAUGCCGUCACUGCUGUUUGGUUCUGAAAUCUUCCCAGUAUCCUUUCAUGUGAAAUCAUCCAGCUCAGAUUGCAUGACUGAGUCCUCAAGGACUUUUCCUGAGCACUGUGCUCCGGCAAGGCUUGCCUUAGGAGAGGCCCUCCAGUGCCCGUCUCAACCUCCCAAGUGGACCUUUUCUUUCUUCUUGUCCCACAGUUGCCCUGGGAUGGCCACAUUCAGGGAAGACACUGGCGUCCAUAGUCAGACCCACACUCAGGCUCUUCUUCAGCCUCCAGCUCCUCUCCAAGACUAUGGAGGCACUGCCAUAGUCCAGACCAGAGCCAACUGCUCUGUCCUUGGCCUUCACACACUUCUAGCACUUUGCUCCCCGGGAUGUUACCGAAUCUGGACAAAAAAACGGAACUUCUCCAGCCACAUGCCUACCAUGCAGAGGCUCUUCAUGACCCACUUUACACAGGGCUUGAAAGGGCUGCGGUCUCCAUCCUCCAUAGCAGACAAGGUCUUCUGUUCUCUGCCCUACUCAGUGGGCAGAGUGCUGUCCAUUUGGAGCCACCACGGGCCUUCUGCAUGCUCCUUCGAAAUCUCUUCUCUUCAUUCCACUCACAGCAAGCGGCAAUCAAGUCUCGGCACCACAAGCAGCCACACCAUGUUACCAUAUGUGCCUCUUCCAGGCAUGGAAGCUACAUAUAACACCAGCGGCAGUCAGACGAGGUUGGAGCCUCCAUUCCCUGCCUUGGUACCAAAGUCUUGCUUGGUAGCAGAAGCAGCUGUCAGCAAGCUCCUGCUUUCAGCCUCUGAGUUCCAAGUUCCUGGGUUGGAUGAGCUGGAUGGUGUGACAGCAGCAUGCCCCUGCCCACAGAGCAGCCCUCAGGAACAGAAAGAGGCUGAGCCAGAGAAGAGGCCAAAGAAAGUCUCACAGAUUCGCAUCCGGAAAACUAUUCCUAGGCCAGAUCCUAAUCUUACCCCCAUGGGCCUUCCUCGACCCAAAAGGUUAAAGAAGAAAGAGUUUAGUUUAGAAGAAAUAUAUACCAACAAGAAUUAUAAAUCUCCUCCUGCAAACAGGUGUUUAGAGACCAUCUUUGAGGAACCCAAGGAACGAAAUGGUACGCUAAUCUCAAUCAGCCAACAGAAGAGGAAGCGAGUUCUAGAAUUUCAGGAUUUUACAGUCCCACGAAAGAGGAGAGCUCGAGGUAAAGUCAAGGUGGCAGGCAGCUUUACGAGGGCCCAGAAGGCAGCUGUGCAGAGUCAAGAGCUGGAUGCUCUUUUGAUACAGAAACUAAUGGAACUGGAGACCUUCUUUGCCAAGGAAGAGGAGCAGGAACGAUCAUCAGGUUGUUGAGGGGCAAUUCAGUUUCGAGGUCUCAAUUAUAGUUUGGUUUUUUUUUGGACCUCCUUGGAAGAGGUUGCCUAAUUUUGCCCUACCGCCAAACCACUCAGAAAUGCACAGUCCGUGAAUUUUUACCUAUUUCAAGGUGCAACCUUUUUAGAAACUGGUGAAGGAGGGUCCUCUACUUUUACUGCUGAGUAUAGAACCUCAGGAAUGCUCCCUUUCUCCUGGAAAUGGACCUGAACGACAUCCAGCCUCCUCCUCUCAGUCUCUGCCAUCCAUAGGAGGAAGCAGCAGCCUAUCUUCAGUAACACUAGGAUUCCAAGGACUCACAGGAUUUGCACGUCCAUAUGAAAGUUCCACUUUGUUUAUGGUGGUGCUAGACCAAGAUUAUUAGAAACGCGGCCUAGGGAGGGGGACCUGGCGUCCUGUCCUGCGUGGUCUAACUGGCUCAUUUCAGUAGUUGAGGAAAGAUGAGCUGUUGUGUUUUCUAAUCUUUUGUCUGCCCAGAACCUGUUGAUGUGAGUAUAUGUGAGAGAGAGAGAGAGAGAGUGUGUGUGUGUGUGUGUGUGUGUGUGGCUUUUUCCCAUCGUUUUCUCCCCUCUGUGACUGUGGGUCACUAGUGCCAGAGGAGCCCGUCCAGGCCCCAUUCGAAGUAAGUUGCACUUUUUAAUGUUGUGGUGUGGAUUAUUUUCAUUUGUUUUAUUUUUUCUUUUCUUUUUUGUUUUUCUUUUCUGUUUUGUUUUUGUACUAUUAUUGCUGCAUGUUUGGAGCCUUUAAAUGUGAUUUUAGAACAGUUUUUUAAGGAGAAAAACAAUACAUGUCUUAAGAAUACAUGAUAGGCAUUUGACCCAGUUGAUCGGUGCAUGGAAGAGACAUUUUCCUAUUCAUGUGUUUCAGGCAAUCCCUUCCCCAUCUCCAGUUUCUAGUGUAGCUCAUUAGAGGGAGCACUUUUUUGGGUUCUUAUUCUUGCCCACCAAGUACAUGUAUUUAUUUUCGUGAUUUAAGUAAAAGCAGGUUUCUCUCCUGAUCAUUGAGAAAAUACUAAGGUUGGGUGUGGUCUUAAUGGUUUUUAUCUGAAAUGGCGUUAGGUAACAAAAUUGAGUACAACGGCACGGGCUGUGAUACAGGCUGACCCAGAGUGUUUGCGGCUCUCCAGGCAGCUUGCUUCAAGAGUGGAGAGAGCAGGUGAAGGAGUGGGACCCCGAGCACUGGGCCUUCUGCAACCUGGGGCCUUGGGUGAAGUGCCCAUUGAGGGCUACCUCAUUGUACCCUGGGUUCCUAUGUCACAUCUGCUGGAACUGUUGAAUGCCAGAGUUAACCAAGUUUCUGAGUUUGUGACUGCAGGAGUCUGGGCAGAGAGAUGCUGUGGAUCAGCAGCCUCAAGUUCUUGUUUCUUUUCCAUUGAAGUCCUGUGUGCCCAUAUCCUGCUCCCCUUCCCCUCCUCUAGGGGUUUCUGUUUCUCUCUCUCUCUCAAAACAAGAGUUUAGAGAAUUAACAUUCCUUGGCUGGUGAGUGGGACGCUAAAGUCAGCAUCAGGACACCAGCAUCACCUUUUCCAUCCUCCUGGGAGCCACUGCCAUGGAGCAGCCACCUCUGGGAAGUGUCAGAGUUUUAGAGACAUUUCCAAGUCAGUCUGUUAGAGUGAGUGGCAUAGCCUGGAAUGUUGGCCAGCUCUCCUAGGUUUCUUUUACUUCCCCAUUUGCUAGUGGAUGGGGAGAUGGGGUGGGGGUGGGGGGGUCUCUAUGUGCCUUGCCUUUGCAGGUUGACAGUCUGUGCCACACUGGAGCAGAAAAACUGACAUGAGCCAGAAAGAAAAGUGUGCCACGUCUGUCUUCUCGGCCCACUGCCUCGAACAUAGCAUUGAGACAAAUACACAUCCAUGGAGGCUUCCAAGGCCAUGGCCAAAUACAAUUAGAAGAGGGCCAGGUUUUCACACUGGCUCUGAAUGAUGCUAAUCAGAUUCUGUCAUUCUACAUCCACUUUGCCCAGACUGUGUAGACACGACCUGUGUUUCACCCAGUACCUCUCCCUUUCUGGGACAGGGUUCUUAGACACUAAAUGUUUCUCUCUGACUUGUUUGCUUGAGGGAGUGGGAUGAAUAGUACAUUGUGCCCUUGUCCCGGCAUGUUUAGGGAGCUCCUGCUGGACAGGUUGCAGACUAGCAGUGAGUCAAAAGAGCCCUGUUUGCCAGCUCUGUUGCCAUUGUAGAUGCAGUGAUGUGGCAGUUGUGUUUCCCAGAGACAACAGUGGAGGUUGGCACAGCUGUGGUAUCAUGGCAGAGAUAGUUUCAGCUGUGCACAUUACAGGCGUGGCACUCAAAGGGCCAGGAGCAGCAGUUUGGAACAUGGGUGCCUGGGAACAGGGGACUGGAUGAAACAGCUGAGCUAGCUGAGCCCCUUCCUUGUCCUGACAGUGUAGAAGAGAAGUUGCUCUGAGGCCAGCCCUGCCCUUUGUUGAAAUUCUUGCCUACCCUCUGGCUAGGGCCCUUCCCCUGCUCCAAAGUUGAGAAGGGGGUCUCCCUACAGCAAACUUGAAAUUACACCUGAAGGUGAUGUAUAUACAUAGGCUUCAGCUGCGCUCAGCCACACCUGUCUUAACUUUCAGUUUCACCACUGACCUAGCCAGCCACAGUGCCGUCGGGUCCUCCAGGCCCAAAGUCCCUAACCAUGAUGGGACAUGGUUAUCGGCUGCUGGCAUACCACCUACCUGCCUAGAGCUACAGGAGGUCUGGUUCUGGGAUGGAGUUGGUACAGAUUCUGAUUAUGGGAACUUCCCUCCCCAAGUGGUGGGAAGUUACAGUUAAUUACAACUUAGCUAUCACUCACCUCUGGAGGAUUAGUGUUUUUAAUAUGGGAAAGAGGAGAAAUCUCAGGUCCAAUCAGGGUUCUGCCCAUCAGCUUUUCACUGAAACUUUGAACUGUUUUUUUUUUUUUUUUUUUCCAUUUUUAAGUUUCUAGCUGUGUUUGCCUCCUCCCCCCACAUUCCCUCCUCUUUUUUGCUUUUGGUCCCCUUUCCAGCUUCACGUCUCCAUGAAUUCGAUGUACCUCAUCGCCUGUUAAAGCAGAUCAUGUCCACUUUUCUUACUGACCUUACUCUAAGCUAUGGCAGCGGAGGGAGGUACAGUGAAAAGACAUGUAGCAUUUGCCUUAUUCGGAGCCUGAAGAGCCCAGAAACUCAUGCUGUGAAUCCCAAAACUCAGCGCUCCUCAAGAGCUGUGAAAAUCAUGAUACUUUGUCACAAUUUUGCCUGAAAGGGUCUUUGGCAUGGGUGCCAGAGCCAACCUGAGGUCCAUUCCAGAUCCCACUCUCUGGGUGUGAGACCUCCUGAGUGGCUCCUUCCUCACCCACUGGGCCAAGAGCAGCAGGGAUUGUGCAGGAUGGCAGCAGCAGAUCCAAGGCCGCAGUGCAGCCCAUGGAAUGCAUGGCCGUCACUCUGUCUCCAGGCUGGGAUUCCGUCUCAUAAUCAAUGCCAUGUACAUUAAGAUCCACGAAAGACCAACUUUUAGGCAGUGAUGCUUGCCUCCCAUUCCCUGGGGGUGGGGGGAGUAUGCAGUUGGUUCUUUCCUUAAUUCCCUUGUUCUGUUUUGUUUCUGUAAGCUUUUCCCCUGGUAUCAUGGAAAGGACCUCUUAAAUAACCACAUUGUGGGUGGCUGUAUCCAAAGUUUAAAUAAUUGGCCAGAAGUACAGAAUAUCCUUUCCUGGAUUCAUGUCAGGAAAGGGCUCCUUGCCAGAACUGAACUUGUUAUAUAAAAACCUGGCUAGGGAGAUUUAGUUUUACUAAAAUUACAGUUUAAUGCUACCAUCUAGCUACAAAUUGAGCAACAAAAGCUAUUCAGAUGAUGAAGCGGGGUCCCCGUUGAGCAGGACAUCUAGCACAGUGUGCUCUCAGAUUUUAUGCUUGUUGAUUGUGUGUCUUCCCAAGCCCCUCUCUGGUGCUGAAUUGGAUUUGGAUUCUUGGUGAGAAGUCUUAGCAUCUCCUUGGGCUGGUCUGGGCCAGUAAAAAUCGCUGCCUGACAUGUUUCUAUAUUAUCAUGGUCAGUAGUUCAGUGAAAUUUGUACAUUUUUGGUAACAUUGGCAUACAUGAUGCCCCUGCAGUUUCUUUUCUGUUUGGUAGUUUGUGACUCUAAAAUUUCCAUUGUUAUGUGUGUUAAUUUAUGAAAAUAAAUUUUUUUGAAAACCUUUCAAA